AUGGCUGAAGAAACUAGGCGGUGUCGCACCUGCAAUAAAGAGAGGCCGCAAGAUGCGUUUCAGGCACCUGAAACUGCAGGGAAGGAGUUCUACAAACUGUGUGAGCCUUGCCGCACAAAGUUCCGAAAUAAAUCGCGAGCUAAAAGGGCGAAAGGAGACAAGGGACGAGCUCGGCCAUAUUAUCUCCCCGAGUCAGCACCCCAAACUGACAUCCACACUAGCAACUCGGAGACGGGAACUUUCUCUGAAAGCACCAGUGCCGUGCCGAAAACCACCAUGUCUAUGCAACCGAAUUGUUUACACGCGGAUUCCAGCCACAGCAGCCGGGUCACAGUUGCACCGCCCGUUGUCGAAAGUUCUGCGCAAAGCACAACAACCACCACUGUCAUCACCAUUUCAACCACCGUCGUUUCUAAAAAUGUGACGGAAACAACGACAAAACCAGAGCAAGAUGCAAAGACUGCACAAGAUGGUACCCAGCAGGUCAAAGAUGAAGACAAAGAGACACUUUCGAGUGGACCCGAAUCUGAGCAGCAAAGCGAAAUCGAAGCAGGUAUCAACCAGCGUCCUGAAUUCUUUGGCUGUCUGCACUGCGAGAAACUUCGCCCAUGGCCAAUGGCGGGACUUCACAUCUGUUUGUUGUGUAUUCGGGACUGGAAGUGGUGCACGAAGGGGGAGCACAAUCAAGCCAAGGCGAACUUCUUGUGGCAUGGCAAGGAACACGAUGAGUGUUAUAUGUGUUAUUUUGCGGGCAUCUAA